AUGGUAUUCCUCGAGGUUCCGGCGAUCGCUGAAGUUGCUGCUCCGUUUGAGCUAAAGCUCGAGAGCACCCGGAUGAUUCGCUAUAUUGCGCCUAAGGCGGCUACCCUGCGUGCGGAUACGCGCGGCAUCUUUGAGGGGUCCAGUCGUUCCGUGCGCAAGAAUGGCACGUAUGAUGCCCCAACCCACGAAGAAGAAUGGGAAGCCGUCAGUAUGAUGUGCCAGCACCUCGACACUGCUAUCGAUGUCGACAGGGAGACCGACCUGUUCGAUGGUCGUUCUGUGCUUGAGAUCGGAUUCGCCACCGGACUUCCGUCAGUCUUUGCCCUGGACAAUGGCGCUACUGAUGUCACCGUCCACUGCCAGAACAAAGCAGAAAUGGACUGCUUCGUCAAGCCAACCCUCGAGCGCAACAAGUUCCCCGGGAAUAAGUGCAAGUACUACCAUGGAGACAUCCAGAGCUUGAGGGAAUCGAUUGGCGGUAAAAAGUUCGAUGUCAUCAUCGCCGUCGAACCACUCCGCUGCACGGCACUUGAACUGGAACAGCUGCACGAGGUUCUGGACAUGGCGCUCGCCCCCGAUGGAGUGUGCUUGAUGACCUCGAGGACGUGCACGUUCCACUAUGAUGCGAGUCUCCCCGCGUACCUGGACGUCGUCAAGAAAAACCGCAAAUUCGAUUGGUUGGAGAAAUGGAGCAGCCAAAACACUGAUGUCGUUCAGUGGAAGAUCAUCCAGUUGACGAGGUCCAUCUAU